AUGCGACUGGACCUACUUCGCGGGUGUCUGAACGCCGUGGUCUGUGGACUCCUGCUUCUCGUCCUGGGCCAGGGCCAGGACUCUGCCAGCCCCAUCCGGACCACACACACGGGGCAGGUGCGGGGAAGCCUCAUCCACGUGAAAGGCACUGAUGUGGGGGUCCACACCUUCCUGGGAAUUCCCUUUGCUAAACCGCCUCUAGGACCACUGCGAUUUGCACCCCCUGAGCCCCCUGAAUCUUGGAGUGGUGUAAAGGACGGGACCUCCCACCCAGCUAUGUGUCUGCAGAACAUCACUAUCACAAAUGAGAUGUUUCUGAAACUGCUGAAUGCGACCUUGCCUUUCACCUCCAUGUCCGAAGACUGCCUGUACCUCAGCAUUUACACACCGGCCCACGCCAGGGAAGGCUCCAAUCUGCCCGUGUUGGUGUGGAUCCACGGUGGUGGGUUUACGGUCGGCAUGGCUUCCAUGUAUGAUGGCUCUGCACUGGCGGCCUUUGAGGACCUGGUGGUGGUCAUUAUUCAGUACCGCCUGGGUGUACUGGGCUUCUUCAGCACUGGAGACAAGCAUGCAACCGGCAACUGGGGCUACCUGGAUCAAGUGGCUGCGCUACGCUGGGUCCAGCAAAAUAUUGCCUAUUUUGGGGGAGACCCUGGCCGUGUCACCAUUUCUGGCGAGUCUGCAGGUGGCACAAGUGUGUCCUCACAUGUCGUGUCCCCCAUGUCCAAAGGACUCUUCCAUGGUGCCAUCAUGGAGAGUGGUGUGGCUCUAUUGCCCAGCCUCAUUGAUAGCUCAUCUGAUGCGGUCUCCACGAUGGUGGCAAACAUGUCUGCCUGUGGCCAGAUUGACUCAGAGGCACUGGUGGACUGCCUGAGGGGCAAGAGUGAAGAGGAGAUUCUGGCCAUUAAUAAGCCCUUCAGGAUCAUCCCUGGCAUGGUGGAUGGGACCUUCCUGCCCAGGCACUCCCACGAGCUGCUGGCCUCUGCCGACUUUCAACCUGUCCCCAGCAUCAUUGGUGUCAACAACGAUGAGUACGGUUGGCUCAUCCCCUCGGCCUUGGACAUCUCUGACACCCAGAAGGACAGAGAGACUGUGAAGGCUGUUCUGCGGAAUAUGUUGGCAAUGUUGGUGUUGCCUCCUCAGUCUGUUGACAUAUUGAUGGAGGAGUACUUAGGGGACAGUGCAGACCCACAGACCCUCCAGGUCCAGUUCCAUGAGAUGAUGGGGGACUAUAUCUUCGUGAUCCCUGCACUCCAAGUAGCCAGUUUUCAACGUGUGCAUGCCCCCGUCUACUUCUAUGAGUUCCAACAUCGGCCCAGCUUCUUCAAGGACACCAAGCCGCCCCACGUGAGGGCAGACCAUGGUGAUGAGAUGUUCUUUGUCUUCGGAACUGCCUUCUGGAAAGGCUAUGUUAAAGUCACUGAGGAGGAAGAGCUGUUGAGCAGGAAGAUAAUGAAGUACUGGGCUAACUUCGCUCGAAAUGGGAACCCCAACGGCAAGGGUCUGCCCCACUGGCCUGUGUUCGACCAGGAAGAGCAAUACUUACAGCUGAACUUGCAGCCUGCGGUGGGCCGAGCCCUGAAGGCCCACAGGCUCCAGUUCUGGACAAAGACCCUACCCCAGAAGAUACAGGAGCUAAAGGAGGCGGAGGAAAAUCACAAAGAGCUGUAA